GUAAGCUCAGCCAACGCCUCCAUGUCUCUGCUCUGCCAUAACAAAGGCUGUGGGCAACACUUUGACCCCAAUACCAAUCUCCCUGAUUCCUGUCACUAUCACCCUGGGGUCCCAAUCUUUCAUGAUGCACUUAAGGGUUGGUCCUGCUGCCGAAAGCGAACUGUAGAUUUCUCUGAGUUCUUAAACAUCAAGGGCUGUACUGUGGGACCACACUGUGCUGAGAAGCUUCCUGAGGUCCCUCCUCAGCCUGAUGGCCCUGCCUCAACUUCAGCUCAGGAGCAAAAACCUCUGAAUACAAUUCCAAAGUCAGCAGAGACCUUGCUCCGAGAAAGGCCUAAGUCAGAGAUGCCUCCCAAACUGCUACCACUUACUAUAUCUCAAGCACUGGGAGUGGCGUUGGAACAGAAAGAACUAGACCAGGAACCUGGAGCAGGACUUGACAGUAGUCUGAUCUGGACUGGUUCCAGCUGCCAGAACCCCGGAUGUGAUAUUGUUUACCAAGGCUCUGAGAGUGAUGCUACUCCAUGCAUCUACCACCCAGGGGUGCCUCGGUUUCAUGAGGGGAUGAAGUCUUGGAGCUGUUGUGGGAUCCAGACUCUGGACUUUGGGGCAUUUCUAGCACAGCCAGGAUGCAGAAUUGGUAGACACGAUUGGGCAAAGCAACUACCAGCAUCUUGCCGCCAUGAUUGGCACCAGACAGAUUCCUUGGUAGUGGUGACUGUGUAUGGCCAGAUCCCACUUCCCGCAUUCAACUGGGUGAAAGCCAGUCAAACUGAGCUUCAUGUCCACAUUGUCUUUGAUGGUAACCGUGUUUUCCAAGCACAAAUGAAGCUCUGGGGGGUUAUAAACGUGGAGCAGAGCUCUGUCUCUUUGAUGCCAUCACGGGUUGAAAUCUCCUUGGUUAAGGCUGAGCCAGGAUCCUGGGCCCAGCUGGAGCACCCCGAUUCACUAGUUGAGAAGGCUAGGGCAGGGGUUUUGCUAGACAUGAAUGAGGAAGAACCUGAGGAUUCAGAUGAUGACCUGAGUUGGACAGAGGAGGAGGAGGAAGAGGAGGAAGAAGCUAUGGGAGAGUAGUAACAGCAGACAAUUGAAUUUCUAGGUAGGCUCUCGGUGACCUCCUUAAAAUCUCAGAGACCAGGAUAUGGUUGGGCAUGUGGUGUCAUUGAGUAUCAGGAGGCUAAAGGAGGAGAGAACAAAUGA